GAGCAACAUCAAAGUUCACGCAUCACGACCGCAACAGACAAGAUGGGUCGCUAUCAAGAAUACCAGGUCGUUGGCCGCCACUUGCCGACUGAGUCGCAGCCAAACCCAAAGCUCUAUCGUAUGCGAAUCUUCGCACCAAACGAUGUCGUGGCCAAAUCACGAUUCUGGUAUUUCCUGGGCAAGGCACGAAAGGUCAAGAAGGCUAGCGGUGAGAUCGUCAGCUUGAACGUGAUCCACGAGAAGCACCCUCAAAAAGUCAAGAACUUCGGCAUCUGGAUCCGGUACGAUUCGCGCUCUGGCACUCACAACAUGUACAAGGAGUACCGUGAGAUGUCCCGCACAGACGCCGUUCAGGCUUUGUAUCAAGACAUGGCGGCCAGGCAUCGUGCUCGUUUCCGAUCAGUUCAGAUCAUCAAAGUCGCCGAGAUUGAGAAGACCGAGGAUGUCAGACGCCCAUACAUCAAGCAGCUUCUCGCGAAGAACCUCGCAUUCCCUCUUCCUCACCGUGUGGCAAAGGCUUCUACAAAGAAGAUCUUCUCUGCAAGCAGACCAUCAACCUUCUUCUAAGCGUCAUACUACGGUGUUUGCGGGGUCUAGAUAUCAUUGAAAGGAUAAACGGACUAGUAUGGUCUGUCAUUCAAAUCAUCAUGUAGCUAUUCAAUGCAAGAGUCAUGGGCGGGCAUGAAAAAUGAACUAAGUCUUCAAAAACUUGUCCGUUCCGUAUACUUUGAACGUGUGAUUCUUAAGCCAUGAUAUUCUCUAUUUCAGUCUAAUCUGAUUGGUAUAGCUUGCACGUUAAAGCUAGUAAAGUCAAGUCGGCAAAUGAAAGACUACACUUGAAUAGCAACUACUGUCACACGUUGCAUAACUGUUUGUGUUGGAGAACCUCUUCC